AUGAUUGCCAAACAGCUUCGUUAUCUUCAGGGAUAUCGAUGGGGAUUAAACCCCCAUAUCCAAAAAAUUCUAUAUACUACUGUCACAGAAAAGAUUGUUACUUACGCCGCUGCUGUUUGGGCACUCCCCAUGCAGGGAGAGAAAAGUCAAACAUCUUUCAACCAUCCAACGCCCUUUUGCCCUGAAACUGAGGAAGAGGCUGUUCGUCAGUUACUUGUGCAACUACGCAGGCCUAUCACAUUUGAUGGAGAACAUUAUUUGCCUGAUGACUAUGAAGCAAAACUGAAACCUUUUAGUAUUCAUCCAGCAGACUAUGGGGUUGGAGUUAGGCUCCAUAUUCCACCAUCAGUGUUUCAUAAUUCUUCAAGCCACGUGAUAUAUAUUGAUGGAUCAAAGAUAGAUGAUAACGUAGGAAGCGCUUUUGUUGCUUUUCGUGAUAAUCUUCCUCUAGCCCACUGGAAGGGACAUUUAUCUAUGCAGAAUAGUGUUUUUCAAGGGGAAGCAGUGGCGAUAGCACGCGCUAUCCGCUACUUGCUGACUCAGAAUAUAACACAAGCGACAAUCAAUUCUGAUAGCCUUUCUGUCAUCCACGCCAUUGGCAAUCCUGAGCAUUCCUCUCCAAUUAUACGAGACAUUCAACAGGACUUACGUGCUUCUCCGUCUUUCACUAUUCAUAUUGCUUGGGUUAAAGCGCAUGUGGGAGAAUAUGGUAACGAACUUGCAGAUGCCUAUGCCAAGGAGGCGGCUUCUGGUGAUGCUGAUGAGAAUAUAUCCAUUCCUUGGCCACAUUCUUUUCUCAAGCGAACUUUACGUCUUCGAGCAAUUA